AUGGCAAAAUUCUUCACCGACUGGGCCACUUGGCAGAAACUGGUAUUCAUCCUCGCAUGUGCUAUUGUUGUCACGGUAGCCCUCGGCGGCGCCAAACUUGGCCACACACAUUGGAAAUUGCGUAAAUAUGUCGCGCUGGCCGAGAAGGAGAAGCAGGAGCAGGCAUUGCAGCGCUCUAUGAGCCAACGUCAGCGGACCGCCGAACAGCAGGCCGCAGAUGUUCCCUUCGGCAUCAGAGCCAUUGAAAGCGGUGCGGACGUCGAGGGUGUCUGGAACUCGUCGCGCAACAACACCCCAGAGCCUGGCAGUCGCGACAGCUCCAGAGCUUCAUCUGGCUGGGAUCACGUACCACGCAAAGACUACAGGGUCGACAUCGAGAAGCAAGUCGAGAUUAUUCAACUCCACGACAGAUCCGAUUCAAACUCUACAACAGGCACUGCGCGACCUCCGAGUUCCGGUUUCGAUCGAGCAGUCUCGGCAGAACGUCUUCCAAAUAGCCAUGCCAGUCGAGACUCUUCACCGGACACACCUAUCGCCAAACCUGCACGAACCCGCCAUCCUCCCUCCUCGUUGACCAAGUUCAGCGGACAGCCGUAUCUGCUCCGCCAGGAUUCGGCCACCAGCACACUCCAUGCUCUCGAGGCACUCUACCAAGCAUCUGGGCCCAUGAACGACCAUGACGAGGCAAUGAACGACAACUUCGCAAGCAACAAUUCUUCGAACCAAUCGAGCAACGGCACGAGCGAUACCGAGCCGAUUGCCGCAUCAGCGCCUCGAUUGCUCAACCAACAGGCCAGGCCUAGGGAAAAGUCAUAUGAACUCGACCUCAUGCACCACAAUCGCAUCUCUCAAGCUGCUGAGACAGGUCAACUUGCUCCGAGAGUACGCAAGCCUGGCUUCAGUGGCGAAUGGGCAAGUAUCGCUACCAGCGGCCUACCUGCAUCGAGCUCUGAGCCUGGUGACUACUUCGGUCAACAACGCCAGCGUUCACCAUCGCCCGGCGAAGGUUCGAGCUUGAUGAAAAUCUCAUCCAACACCUCACCUACAAGUCCAAAGAUCGAAUCUCUCCCACCGGAGAUCCGUCGAUCCAGUAUGCCCAACGUCACGCCUUUCACGCAGUUCUGCCAGACCGCACCGCCCUCGCCAUUACCAGAAGGAUACCGCCCAGUAAGCGCAGACAGCAACCUCACCAUUCGCCCAAGACUCGACUCGCACGAUAGCUUCGUAUCAGCACCCUCAAGCCCAAUCAAAGCAUCCCCAAUCGAACUCCCAGCCCACGUCCCACCACAAAACGACGCCGACACGAAGUCACAACAACCAAAGCGCCCCUCAUUCGAACAUCGAACCUCCUCCGUAAUUCGCGGACACGGCACGGGCUUCGAGAUCCUCAAACCCGGCACUUUCAACGUCUCCCUGCCCGGCGAGCAAUCCCUCGACGGCCCGCCUGUCAGUCUCCAGAACAGCUCACGGCCUCGGUCAAGUAGUGCGGACAGUCGUCGAAAGCUGCGGAAGAAGCGGCAGCCGAGUGGAGAUGAGGGACCUCUGACUGGGAGGGGGAGUCGGGCGAGUGUGAUAUGA